AUGGCGACCACCGUCAAGCAAUCGGCCGAGAGGCUGGACUGGAUGUACGAACAGAGCGCGUCGUCCGUCAAGCCUGAUGAAGACACGUUGAUGAACAUGCCCAUCAGCGCGCAGAAGGACAAGGACAUCGAAGACGUGAAAAACCUGCAGAGCGCGACAGCCGGGUCGCUGUUCCUGGGCAGUGCGACCAAGACGACUGAGGACAUGGUGCGCAAGCUCCGAGAAGACCCGUUGUUUCAAAUUCGGCGGCAAGAGCAUGCAGCCCGAGAAAGCAUGAUGGCGAAUCCGCUCAUCAGGGCGAAGAUCCAAAAGAAGCAGGAGAAGGAUGCAAAGAAGGCCGCGAAGAAAGAAAAGAAGGCAGCCAAAAAAGAGGAGAAGGCCUUGAAGAAAGCGGCCAAAGCAGCCAAGAAGGCCAAAGACUCCAGCGACUCCUCGGAGCCAGAGGCGGCUCAAGCUCAGGCGCGACAAAAACGGCCAAGAGAAGAGGAGCCCGACCUUUCCGCUCUGGGCCCGAGCAAUGUCGUGCUGAGCAAGCGGAUGGAGCACGAGCAGCGCGUGCAGCAGCAGAAAGAAGCCGCUCUGGCAAGCCGGGGUAUCGGGAGGCGGCUCACUGAGGAAGAGAAAGAGCGCCGUGUGGAGCAGAUGAGGGUGGAUGCCAAGAAGCACGAGAAGAUGAAGGAUCAGCGUAUUGCCAGCACCGAAGAACGGGAGAAGCAAAUUGAGGAAUUGGAAGCCAAGAUGCGCGACAAGUCCGAUCAGAAGUACUUCCGCGAGCUGCGCAAGGACGCCUACGCCGGAGAUGCGGAGAUGACAAUGGCCGAUCGGCUCAAGAGCCAGCGCCAUCGGCGGCAGAAGCACAUCAAUGAUCCUCUUGAGAAGGAUUGA